AUGGACGGACUGGCACGAGAAAGCCGUCGUCCUGGUCUGAAGACAAGCGACACUCUCGAUGCCCAGGAACUGGUGGGCAGCAUUGCAAAAGACGGAACUGCUUCUCUAGAGCCACGUCACCGUCAGACCACCUACAUCCAGAACGCAGACUUCUCCAAUAGCUCAUCCUCUACCUCGCUGACGUCCGACGAAGACAUCGAAGACUACGACAAGAUUAAGUUGGAUCCGGACACGAUCGUUGAUGGCAGUAGCGGCGGUCCUUUGGGCAACGCUCAAUCCGUCGCAGACCCAAACACAGACCAAGAUCUUUCCUUGAAGCCUUCUUCAUCCGGUGUUGGCCAUAUUCGAAGGAAUCCCGACUCCCAUGACCGUCAACUAUCACCAGACUCUCGUCGCAAGAGUAUCCAAAUCCGUCUGGAAAAGACUGAUCGCAAAGGUCACUACAUCCUCACAGCCGAUGACCCCGACAUCCGUGAUAUCCUUAGAAAGGGUAUGGAAAGAGAAGAGGCUUCACAAGACCCGUCCAAGCGAGCGAGAAGCCUGCGCGACCUUGUCUUCACCCGCCAGUUCACCACCUUCGACCGACAAAACCCUCUCAGCGCAGAGUCUCCUUUCCACGGCUUCUUCACCUUGUUCUGGUUGGCCAUGGUCCUCAUGUUCCUCAAGGUCUCGGCAUACAAUUGGAAAGAGCAUGGAAGCAUAUUCGGAGGAAAUGAGGUCUUCAAGAUCAUGUUCGGCCAUGAUGUCUUGGUGCUCGGUUUCACUGAUGCUGUCAUGGUCUUCUCGUCUGCGCUAGGCUUCCUGCUACAAAAGGCCAUUGUGAACAACUACAUCAGCUGGAAUCGAUUAGGCUGGAUUAUUCAGAACAUCUGGCAGACUUUCUUUCUGGGCUCUGUCGUCUGGUGGAUGUUUUACCGCGAAUGGCCAUGGUCACACACAAUUUUCAUGGUUCUGCAUACCAUGGUCUUCCUCAUGAAGCAGCAUAGUUACUGCUUCUACAACGGCCACCUGUCAGUCGUGUACAGGCGACGCAACAUGUUGAGAGAGAAGCUUCGCGACCUCCGUGAAACCAAACCCGUUGGCUCAGCACCAACCAGUCCUCAGACCAUCAGCCCUGCAGUCACGAGUGCCCUUGAACAUGUCGACUCAGGUGACAAGAAGCGUCGUCCUGGAGCCCUUCGGACCGCGACCAACCUCGAGAACGAGACAUCCGAUGUAGCCAGUGUUGCAACAGCCAUGCAGUCUGGUCAGCCUCUUACCUCGCAGCAGAUGCAGGCUUUUCAGCGCAUCAUCGAAGAAGAGAUCGCUACUCUGGACAGGGAGCUCAAGGGCAAGGCACAAUCUGACGAAAAGGCAUACCCGAACAAUUUGACUUUCGCCAACUUUGCCGACUGGACCAUCUUGCCUACGUUGGUGUAUGAACUGGAGUAUCCUCGACAGGAGCGCAUCAACUGGUGGUAUGUGCUGGAAAAGUCCAUGGCAACAUUCGGAACAAUGUGUGUGAUGCAGGUCAUCUCUCAAGCAUAUAUUUACCCUCCAGUGGCCGAAACUGUUCGCAUGAAGGAGGCAGGUAUGUCGCUGGAGGAGAGGGCAAAACAGAUGCCAUGGAUCGUAAGCGACAUGCUGUUCCCACUACUGUUGGAACAGCUUCUGUCGUGGUAUGUGAUUUGGGAAUGCGUGCUCAAUGUUCUUGCCGAACUUACAUGCUUUGCGGACCGAGGCUUCUACGGCGACUGGUGGAACAGUGUUUCCUGGGACCAAUACGCCAGAGAUUGGAACAGACCAGUUCACAAUUUCCUGUUGAGGCAUGUUUACCACUCUUCGAUCUCGGCCUUUCACCUGUCGAAAGGCACAGCAACGUUCGUGACGUUCUUGCUGUCAGCUUUGGUGCAUGAGCUGGUCAUGGCGUGCCUGUUCAAGAAGGUGCGCGGCUAUCUGUUUACUAUGCAGUUGUUGCAAAUGCCUCUAGUAAUGCUCAGCCGGACCAAGCUACUCAAAGGUCGAGAUCUGCUGGGAAACGUGGUGUUCUGGAUCGGGUUGUUCGUGGGGCCGAGUGUACUCACCAGCUUCUACCUUUUGAUUUAG